GCGGCGGGGCGGGGCUGGCGGCAGCAUGCUAAGCCGGGUGCGCUGCGCCGUGGCGCACCUGGUGAGCCCCGGGGGCGCCCCACCUCCUCGCCCGGAGUCCCCCGAACUGCCCCACACCACCUCGUCGAAAUCCGCCGUCCCUCCAGAAGCGCCCAGGAGCCCUCCGGCACGGGCAGGGAGCGCCGCAGCCGCGACGACGGCCGAGGCUCGAGCGGGCUUCUCCCGACCGACCUUCCUGCAGCUGAGCCCGGGGGGGCUGCGACGCGCCGACGACCACGUUGACCGCGCUGUGCAAACCCCCCCGCACACCGGCCGCUGCCUGCCCUGGAGGACGGGCUACGCCGAGGUCAUCAAUGCCGGCAAGAGCCGGCACAAUGAAGACCAGGCUUGCUGUAAAGCGCUGCGUCUGGAAAGUCGCAGGGGUGUUUCUGGGGCAUCCAGGGAGUCUAGCGGAAGUCUGCCCCUCUGCUUCUACUACUGGGGCCUGUUUGACGGGCACGCUGGGGGUGGAGCGGCUGAAAUGGCCUCCCGGCUCCUGCACUGCCACAUCCAGGACCAGCUCAGGGACCUAGUCGAGAUCCUGCAGACCCCGUCACCACCUCCCCUCUGCCUCUCCACGCCCGGGGCUCCAGGGUCCUCUGAUCCCUGUGCCCCGGCUGGUCUCCAGUGGCAGAAGGAAGUGACUCACGAGAGUCUGGUGGUGGGCGCCAUUGAGAAAGCCUUCCAGCUCAUGGAUGAACAGAUGACUCAGGAGCAGCACGGCCACCACGUUGAGGGGGGCUGCUGUGCCCUAGUUGUGGUCUACCUAGUGGGCAAGGUGUAUGUGGCAAAUGCCGGUGACAGCAGAGCCAUCAUUGUUCGGAAUGGUGAGAUCAUUCCCAUGUCCCGGGAGUUCACGCCAGAGACCGAGCGCCAGCGUGUUCAGCUGCUGGGCUUUCUGAAACCAGAGCUGCUGGGCACUGAGUUCACCCACCUGGAGUUUGCCCGCAGGGUACAGCCCAAGGACCUAGGCCAGAAGAUGUUGUACCGGGACCAGAACAUGAAGGGCUGGGCCUACAAAAGGAUCCAGCGGGAGGAUCUCAGGUUCCCUCUGGUCUGUGGGGAGGGCAAAAAGGCUCGAGUGAUGGGUACCAUUGGGGUGACCCGGGGCUUGGGCGACCACAAUCUCAGGGUCUGCAGCUCCACCCUGCCCAUUAAGCCCUUCCUCUCCUGCUUCCCAGAGGUGCAAGUGUACGACUUGGCACAGUACGAGCACUGCCCGGAUGACGUGCUAGUUUUGGGGACAGACGGGCUAUGGGAUGUUACUAGUGACUACGAGGUGGCUGCCACUGUGGACAGGGUGCUGUCAACCUAUGAGCCCAAUGACCCCAGCAGGUACACGGCUCUGGCCCAAGCUCUGGUUCUAGGGGCCCGGGGCAACCCCCAGGACCGUGACUGGCGUCUCCCCAACAACAAGCUGGGUUCCGGGGAUGACAUCUCGGUCUUCGUCAUCCCCUUGGGCGGGCCAUGCAUUUACUCGUGAGGGGCUCAGCCCCAGCCUCCUGCCACCAUGCCAGCGUUUCCGUGCCUACUCUUUCCCUGGCCCAGAUAUUGAAGUUGUUUCCCCGGCUUUCUUUGGUGGCAACGUAACUGAAGAAGGGGUGUCCGUGACACCCCAACAUUACUGAACCUGAGCUAUUGGCAAAUAAACCAGAUA